AUGGACCUCAAUCCACACCUUGGAUCUCAGGCAACCGACGGCUUGACAGAAGACUCCUGGGCGCAGAAAGAAUACAACAUUCCCCCACAAACGGCUGCAGGAGAGAUCGAAGUCAAAGAAGCGAAAGAUAUAGUUCAGACCGCCCAGACUGGUUGUAUCUAUUGCACAAUCCUGUGCAUCGUGCUCAACCAGAUGUACCCCGGAUGGGAAGUCGAGUCGUUUCUACGGAUCUUUGUGGCCAGCGGAUUGCCAGUAGUGGUGCGGUUGUUGUUUGGGAAGACGGUUACUGUGGAGAGGUACGAAACUCCGGGAUAUGUGUUGCCGGCUGGACAGAUUAUGGAUCUCUCGAUGGAUUUGACGGACCCUGAGAAACCGCCGGUUGAGAUUGAGAUUUAUCGACCCGGCUUUUCGGCUGACCGCGGGAGUGUGAGUGAAAGUGUGGCGCUGGUUUUGGAUCAGCUCAAUGAUCGCUUUGGACCUGCGUUCGGUAGACGGCCUGAUGCGAAUGAUGAUGUUUGCCGCAGCUUCAUCAAAAGACAGGUGGAUCACUGCAUCGCUCACCAUCCGGCUUGUAGCAGUGGAGUAACCAAGCCGUUGUUGCCCGAUCGUGUCAUUUGGCUCAAAGCUCCAACUCAAGAUGGCCUUCAGCUGGUGGAGCAGAAAGAUGCGAGGGCCGACUACGUGACGCUAAGUUAUUGUUGGGGUCCUAUGAGCCCGAAUAUCUAUCUGACGAACGUUUCGACACUGGCAUCAAGGAAGCACGAGAUGAGAUUCAAUGAUCUACCACCUCUCUUCCAAGAUGUGGUGAAUAUUGCUCGGAGACACGGCAUUGAUUUUCUUUGGAUUGACCGUCUUUGUAUUAUCCAAGGACCAGGCGGAGACUUUGAGAUACAAGCUCCAAAAAUGGGAGAAAUCUAUGGGAGCUCUACUUUAACCAUAGCAGCCGCGUCUGCGAGCUCAGAGAACGGAUCGUAUCCUGAGGCCAAUGGAGAAAUCGUGGGACCAUUAUAUAGUGGACUUGAAACUAGGUGGAGGCGGGAGAACCAAGGUGGAGAUUAUGGAAAAGUCUCAAAGCGAGCCUGGAUAUGGCAGGAGCGUCUACUCUUGGCGCGGACCGUCUUUUACACGCCCGCAGCAUUGAAAUUUGAAUGCCGCUGUAGCUCUCUCUGGGAGGGCGCUGAUCCAGCUCAUGUUGGGCAUUCAUGGUCUAUGCGAUUAGACGACAAAGCACACUUAUCAUGGACUAAGCUCGUAGAGGAUUUCUCAGCCAGGGAUAUCACUUACGCCUCGGACCGACUCCCAGCUAUUGAAGCUGUGAUGCGACGGAUUGCAAAGAGGACGAAUUGGGGGCCUGUAUAUGGGAUGUGGAAGGAGAGUCUCAUUGAGACUCUAGCAUGGCAACCGGCACAGAAGCAGGACGAAUUCGCACAGGCGAUGCCGGGAGAUUUUGCGCCAACCUGGAGCUGGACGAGCAUUGAUGGGCCCAUAUCCUACCAAACGGUCCACGCGCAGAAGGGCGCUUUGUACGAUGCUGAUCCUUUCGUCUACCAUCUGAAACUUCUCAGGGCAGACCCCAAAACCGGAGAGCUCAUUGUGGAAGGCAAGCUCGUACCAGCUGCAGUCAGAAUGCGUCAAGAGCUCGGCGACUCUGAACAGCGGACCAUCUACGAAAUUGGCAACAAUAAAGAUUCAGUGAAUUGGGUCAAGAUCACUGCGGAUACGCAUCUUAGACCAUACCUGGGGAGGUUUCUACAUGGCGAGACGACUCCGGCUACGCAACAUCUACCAGCUGCUGAGGCGGCACCGUCCCAUGGCUGGACUAGUACUUGCUAUUGCUUGCUGAUUGGAGUGGGCCAGUCGAGGUGCGAGGUGUUGAUACUUGGUCUUUCAUCGCGGUCACUGAAUUCCUUCGAGCGCCUUGGAAUCAUCGGAAGCAUACCAGCUACGGUUUUCGACAACCGGCCCGUGGAACAAUUCGUCCUUAUUUGA